AUGGAUCGUGAUGAAUUUUUGUUACUCACCAUUGACAAGCCAAAAACAUAUUACGAGACCGCAAUUAAAGAGCUGUGGUAUGAGGCCAUGAAGAAAGAGCUCGAGUCCAUCAGGAAGAACAAGACAUUGGAGCUCAUCGACUUACCACCCGAUCACAAGAUCAUCGGAGGUGGAAUAGAAGAAAAUAACAUCGAGGUGAAGCAAGCAACUUAUGUGAAGAAGGUGUUGAAACAGUUUGCAAUGGAGGAUUGCAACUCGAACAAGUACUUGACGCACAUUCGACCAAAUAUCUCUUAUGCAGUUGCCAUAGUGAGUCAAUACAUGGAGCAACCUUCCACUCUAAACCAACAUCGAACUGUUGUUUUAUCUUCAUGUGUGGCGGAGUUUAUGGCAGCUACUACAACGUCGUGCCAAGGACUUUGGCUAAGAAACUUGUUGAGCGAGGUGCUCGGAUGCGAGCCGAGGCUGGUAACCCUCUAUGUCGACAACAAGUUCGCAGUAGCAUUAAUGAAUAACUCAAUGUUUCAUGGACACGGCAAACACGGAAAUACUCAGUUCCACUUCAUCCCUGAAUGCGUCGAGAACCAACAGAUCGUUGUAGAGUUCGUAAGUACUAAAGAGCAGCGUGCAUAUAUUCUCACCAAGGCACUUGAAAGAGUCAAAUCCGUGGAGAUGCGAGAGCUGCUCAGCGUGAAGUCUUGA